CCCAAGCGCUUAGUACAGUGCUCUGCGCACAGGAAGCGCUCAAUAAAUACGAUUGAUUGAUUGAUUGACUCGUUCUCCUUGGUGACCGGCUCCGGCCACGUAUCCUGACCCAAGGCCAAACUGGGACCAUGUUGUCUCUACUCUACAAUCUUCUCUGUCUAGGACUGGGUCUGCUCCAGGGUAUUAGAGCAAUUACAUUUGAGAUUUCAAAUCCCAAUAUUUGGGCAGAGUUCUCCUCACUCUCUCCCCCGGAGAAUAUGACGCUCCAGUGCCAGGGGCCACUGGAGAGUAAGAAGUUCCAGCUGACCAAAGAUGGGGAAGUCUGCGGUUCUGUGUAUGUUGAAUCUCCCGCCUAUCAGGCCUCAUUUCCACUUGGGCCUCACCCUGGGAGCUAUCGCUGCUACUACUGGCUACGCGAGGCCUGGUAUGGCCCCAGCAGCUUUCUGGACAUCACGGCAGCAAGCCCUCUUCCCAAGCCCCGGCUCUCAGCCAAACCCUACCCGUUGAUCCUACCUAAGGAAAAUGUGCUUCUCUGGUGUUAUGUAUGGAUGAAAGGCUUGGGCCUGGCUCUCUACAAAGCCGGAGAGGCGGAUCCUCUCCAGACAGCGAGUCCGAAGACUAUGGGGGAGACGUUCUCCAUCUCCAGCCCGGGGAAUUACACCUGUCGCUCUCACACUGCAGGAAGCCCUGUCACCUGGUCUGACCACAGCGAUCCCGUGGAGAUUGUGAUAGCGGAAACACUGCCCAAACCCAUCCUCUCCUCCCGGCACAGGGCCUUCCUCAGUGUCGGCGCCGACCUUUCCUUGGAAUGCGCCGGGCGGUUGAAUGGUUUGGGAAUUGAGCUGUACAAGGAUGGAGAACCGGUCCGGCCUCUGGAGAUAAGCACUGUGCUUUACGAUCGGGUCAGUUUCCUCAUUAGGAAGUUGGACGCUGAAAGUGGAGGGAAUUACAGCUGUCGCACCCGUUCCCCGAAUAAGCCUUAUAUCUGGUCAGAGCCCAGCGAUCCGUUGGAGUUUAUGGUGACAGGGUCAUGGCCCAGACCUUCUCUCUCUGUCCAUCCCAUGGGUCCCGUGACCAGCCCUGGAACCAACGUGACUUUUCGGUGCCAGGCCUCUCGACAGGGAGUGAGGUUCGGGCUGAGGAAGAAGGGGAUCGCAGAAGCCAUCCAACACCAGAACCCAACUGGGGACCACGCUGAUUUCCUGCUGGUGGAUGUGGCGGCUUAUGACACUGGAAACUACAGCUGUGUCUACUACGACCCAUCCGUCCCGUACGGGGCAUCUCAAAUCAGUGAACCCCUGGAGAUCCAUGUCAAUGUCACCCCCACCAAACCUACCCUCUCCGCUCCAUUUGGCUCGACAUUAGGCGCAGGCAGGGAUUUGACCCUCAUAUGCACAUCAAGGUACUCCUGGGCGAGAUUUGAAAUCUACAAAGAAGGACGGAGAACACUGAGAGCCAAGUGGCGGGAAGGAGGUGCGCGAAAUUCCCUCUUCGUUAUCCCCAACGUGGGAUACCAAGAUGGAGGGAGUUACAGUUGCCGCUAUAGGAUGUGGCAGAAGACGGACCCCUGGUCAGAGUUCAGCGACCCGCUGGAGAUCAAGGUGACAGGUCUGGGCACCCUCCCCGCACCUAAACUCACAGUCCAAUCCGGCUCCACUCCGGAUGAUGACAUUAUCUUCCGCUGCUCGGGGACACUUCCAGGAAUGGUCUUCGAACUGUACAGGAGGGGAGAAAAGGUGCAUCCCCUGGGUAUGAGCUCCUUGGAUGUCAGAAGGGUCGACUUCCGCAUCUCCAAAGAGGAAUCCCUGAAAGGAGGGAGAUUCAGCUGCCGCUAUCACACCUGGCAGAUUCCUUAUGUCUGGUCGGAGCCCAGCGACGCCAUCCCAGCACCAACGGGACUUGACAAAUAGAUCCAUAAUAACCUGACCCCCUUCUGUCUGACCCCCACAAAUCCACCCGGGCAACGGGGCCUAGUCGAAGAGGCUUAGAGCGAUUUCCAGAGGGCUCGGGUGAUUCUUGGGCUGUGAGAAAAGUAGCCACUGUGGGCCUCCAUUAAUAAGUGUAAAUCAGGCGUUGAGAAUGUAAUUUCCUGCUGCUCUAGGGGGAUAGGCAAGUGGUGGAAUUGGCGGGUUGACUGGAAGAAUGGCAGGAGGAUGGAUUGCAGAACAACAGCAGUUGGGAUGGGAGGACGAACUGAGGUAGAUUGGAAGAUGGAUUGUGGAACAUGCAGGUGCUGAGCGGGAAGUUGCCUCAACCAAUAAAUAGCUGCUUAAUUUUCUGCUGUUUUUAGCA